AUGAGAAGACAACUACUGAAACCGGAGAUUGUUUGGUUGUGUUGUCAGUGGACUCUCUCCACCUUCAACUCCAGAAACCGAAUCCAAUUCCUACGACACUGCGCCAUCAACUCAAGCUCUCUCGCAAAGGUCCUUACAGCUACGGUAGCUAGCAUCCUUCGGCUACAAGAAAAAGCAUACAGCUACACAGGACAGCUCGCAAUCAUGCCGGAAUCUGACAAGCCACGCACCCCUACCCCAAGGCUUCUCAAACCUGCGCCUCCGCGUCCUGGCCAAGUGGUGCACUCUCCACGACUCAAGUCCGAGGUCCACUUUACACUUCCAGGAUCGGUCCCAGUCGUCGAAAUUGUCCAGAUCCGCACCGCCGCCGUCUCUCAGCCAUUCCUGGACCCGGCAGCGAUGCAACGUCCGUGA